AUGUUUACCGCCUUCUUCCAAAGUCGGCAAUUGAGAUUCUUCGCGCUCUUUGGCGUUGGUCUCUAUCUCAUUCGGGCAUUCUUAUUGGACUCAUCUAAGCGCGGCAAGCAAGAUUUCGCAUCCACGAACCCCUGGCGGGAUCUCCCGACUGACUCGGCCGUCCACUCAUCCAUCCGGGAGGUGCUCCUCAUCAGCGAUACGCUCCGCGACGGCAUGCUCCCGACCUCACUCACAGAUGAUGACUACGACACGUACUCUUCAAUGCUACGUAAUCUGGAAACUCGGCAAGAUGUGACUUGGCUAGUCAUCCAAGAGACUGGUGUUGACAAGACCAUCAUGGCCAUUGCCAAUCGCGGCGGACAUCACAGCCCCAUCCCAGAGGAGCCUCACGACUUACAUGAGCGUGCCAAGAAGCUCCACCACCACUGGUUCACGCUCGCCUCAGCCAACAACAAGCCGGACCGAUGGGACGCUCAGUUUGACACGACCUAUCUACCACCCCUCGUUGCCAGACAAGGUCUUGGAUCGGGUCAAAAGUCAGAUUCUUCCCAGCUGGACCUGACACCCGCGCAGAAGGCAGAGGCAGACGCCAAGUACAAGGCCUACCGCAAGCGCAGAGACCGCGCCGUAUCGUACCUCAAGAAGAACCCGCCCAAGCCGAUGGCCUGGGUACCAGUGCAGACGACCCCGGAAAAGAGCCGCAGUCUGUGGGAGUCGCUUUUCAGUGAUGGCAUCGUGAAACCUGGACGCAAAGUUGCGGGUGGGAAGCUAGCGGGGAACCCGGGAUUCAAGCCGGUCUACCGAGAUCUCAUCACCGAGCGUGUUCCAUACGACUGGGUCGACCCGGAUGAGCCAGUGAAGGAGUACGCCGAGACGGACCAUUUGAAGGAGAUGGAGGCAUUCAGGGAAGAGUCUCGGAUCAGGAAGGACAGGACGGACAAGCAGGCGGCAUUCCAGGACGAGCUCAGAGCCGAGGAGAGACGGAAGCGUGGAGAAAAGGAGGAGCUCUGA